UAGUGAUCGUAGUUUUAUAAUAAAAUUGUGCGAAACCAAGUUAAAAACUGUUUUCAGUAGUUUUAAAAUGAAAACAAUUAAAUGUUACGGUUGUUGCACAACAACUGUUUUCAGUUUUGCAUAUGCUUGAGUGUAUUCAAUGUGUUUUAGAAGUGAAUUCGAUUAGUAGCUUUCAAUCUCACUCAUAAAUUACACAGUUGUUCGCCAUUCAUUCGUGACAGAGUGUAAGACGAGGAUUCCAAGAAAAUUAGUGAAAAACGCAGAAUUAGUACCUCCAGCUGUAAUUUUCACGAUGCAGUGAAAGCAAAAAUGUAAAUUGAACCAACUUUCUGCUACACAGAAACAGAAGUCCAAUACAGUGUGCGAAUGUGUGUAAUAUUAAUGGAAUGGAAAGUCAAAAGUGUAUAUUUACUAGCAAGCCGUGCCGUGGUAAUUAAAAGUGGUUGCCGACUAAGAGAGACGAAGUAAAGCUGACAUUUUUUUGUUGGACUUACUAUUGCUGAAGUGUGCGUAUGGGGUUACUCGCUACGAGGCAAAAAGAUAACACUAACGUGAAACUUGCAAUGAUAAUAAAUAUUACUGAUAGGAGCUUGAGGUGUGCUUAAUAGUUUGAAAACCAGCAGUACCAGAAUCUCAAAGCAACAAACGUACACUACACUCAAGUCAUCUCCAACAAAAUCAGGUGAUUGCAUUUAUUUUUCGGGGGUGUAUAAGCUCACCCCAAAAUGGCCACUUCGCCAACGUCGACCAACACGUCGAACUCCGUGUCAUUACAUCGGCAAUCAAGCAAAAAUGCGGAUUCGAUUUCGCUCUGCUCGACCACUAGUGCCUUCUCGACGUGUCCAGAUCGCCACGGAUUCUAUGGCGGCAGCCAGUUCUCCGAAAAGCCAGCCAAAGAAACGCUUACUAGGGAGCAGAUUGUAGCCCGAGAGAAGAAAUGGCUGCACAUGACCAAUCACUGGCAAGAAUAUAUGAACAAAAACUACAAGAAGCUCCGUGAGCGAUGUCGCAAAGGUAUUCCUCAAGCUGUACGUCCUAGGGCUUGGUUCUACCUCACCGGUGCCUAUCAGUUGCAUAGCAAAUAUCCUAAUAGAUAUGAGGAACUGCUUCAGCAACCGGGUAAUCCUCAAAUCAUAGAAGAGAUCAAAAAGGAUCAGCACCGACAGUUUCCACAUCAUGAAAUGUUCAUCGACGAGGAGAAACCCGGCCAAAGGGAAUUGUUCAAUGUACUGAAGGCAUAUUCGAUACACAAUCCCAAAGUAGGUUACUGCCAGGCUCAAGCCCCGAUAGCCGCUUUCCUACUAAUGCAUUUGCCAAGCGAGCAAGCCUUUUGGUGCUUUGUUACCAUUUGCGAUAAAUACCUUAAAGACUACUUUACGCCGGGUUUGGAAAUGCUGCAACGCGAUGCCGGCAUGCUGAAUGGGCUUCUGAAAAAAACCUCUCCUUCGGUAUACCGACAUCUUCAAAAGCACAAGGUUGAUCCGUUACUCUAUAUGACGGACUGGUUCUUGUGUGCCAUGACCCGCACGCUCCCUUGGGAUACGCUACUGCGGGUGUGGGACUGCUUCCUGUGCGAGGGCAUAAAAAUUUUGUUCAAAGUUGCCUUGGUCAUACUCGGCGCUAGCCUCAAUUCCCACAAGGUCCGUAAGCAGGCUAAUGGAUUAUGUGAGACGCUAGCGGUGCUGCGUGCGCCACCGAAAAAGUACAUUGAGGCGGACUUUGUAAUGCACCAUAUUUUUCGACUGAACAUUACCGUGGAAGAUUUCAUUCAUGAACACAAGAAGCAAGAGUUGUUGCACCGAAAGGCAAAGGUAUCAUAGAAUCGGGCAGCUACUAAAACUCUGGUGGAUCCUUCAAUCGAUGCCCAUCGUCGGUGAUAGUGGUAGUGAAUUAACAGAGGAAGUCCUCCACUCUAGUCUUUGCUUGGUUGAAGGAUCGUUUAAAUUACAUUUUGUAACGGAGUAUUGUUUGAAUACUUUGCAAUUAGUUAUGACAUCUUGAAAAAAAAUUGAAAACAACACUUGCAGAAUAUUAUCGUCAUACCCGGAAAAAUUUGGCUUUGUAUGAAUACAGAAAUAUGCACUCGAUUCAGCAUUGGACAACAAGAAUAAAAGGUAAAAACUACCUAUGUCAUUUGUAACACUGUUCUUGUUCAACAAGCGAUCAAUUUAAUCGAUUAACUUGGAUUAUUUUGUUUUAAUAGACUCAUUAUUUAAAAGACUCAUAUUCGUCACUGCAGGUUCAGAUCAUUAAUUUUUUCAUUUCCUCAAUGAAAAUUUAUGGUUUUGAAUAUUACGUACUGCUCAUUGGUAACAUCCUUUAAAAGUUGAGAUUUACAUUAUUUUUCAAAUUCAUUUCUUUAGAAAUCUUCCAAUGAAAUGAGCAUUCUGUACUGUACUAUGACUACUAUUGAAAAUACAUUAAGCAUUAGCAACUUUUGAUCCAAAGUUGUAUCAAUGUCUAUAUUUAACGGUUUUAUCUUUAAAAACUGGAUCUCCUCUAAAAUGCACUCGUUCUAAGUACAGCAAUGCUAUCUUUGCUAUUUCGAUUGCAUGAACCUGAACGCAUUCUAAAGGCAAGAACUCCUAAAGAAAUCUAUUUAUAAGCAUUAAAAAACUAAUCAAUCGAGCCAGCCCUGCUGAUGCAAAACCGUGGUACAUGGCUAGCAUUUUGGGAGCGUCUAGCAAAAGAAAUAAAAGUACAAUUUUUAUCACAUACUAAUCGUACCGAAACAGAGAGUAUAUCCGAAAAAGUAUAGAAACUAUAUCCACUAUACGAAAUGUUGCUACAUCCACACUGGAUACUUUAGAUAAGUGCGUAAAUUUUACUUCUCGUUUACGAACCAGUUCCAUUCCGAAAGUCUUUUAAUAUUAGUGCGUGAGAAACCAACUAAUUAACGCAUAAUAAAUCGUUCAAGUUCAAAUCAAUAGCGUUCAUGGGUAGACCAUCCUCUAUCGAGGCAGAAGAUUGAUGCACACAGAGCGCAUGUGAGGCAGCUACUAACAGUUAAAAAGGGAAAGACGGAUCGAUGAAACAAAAAAAAUCGUUGCUUGAUUUAACAACUGUAUUGAAUCGGUUUGGGUGGUGUUUAAGAUGACUAAAACUUUGUUUUUUGUCACCAUCGUUCCAAUUACCGUACUCAUCCCUACGUAAUUAGUAUUAAAUUAAAACACUGGCUAAAUUGGAUUCGCGAGAAUCCGAAACAGAAAAAUUGUAAAGUCAGUUCCGUCUUAUUAGAAAAAAUUAAGGCGAGUUUGUCAAUCAGUUCAAUGUUAUCGUUAAAGAAAAUUCUUUAUAACAUUUUGUUGUGUGCAAUUUUGUUUUCUUUCGUCGAAAGUAAAACCGGCAUAAGAUUUUUUUAUUAUAAUGUAUAUAUUUUUUAUAUUCGAUUUUGUCUCCUAGAGGAAAAGUAGUUCAAAUCGUGAGAGUAGAAACAAUACGUUAUCAAUCCGGUAUUGUUUUAGUGGAUAAGAAAACAAACGUAUGAAAAUUCAAAGCAGUACUGUUAGUCAAUACUUCAAUGUUAUACACAAUUUAUAUAUUGUACCUUCUAUUUCGAGUAUUUAUUAAUCCUGAGAAA